AGGGGCGGGGGAGAGAAGGGUCGAAUUUCAAAAAAAAACAAACCCCCCUACAGCCCCGGGCGGGCGGGCGCGCGCGAUGGGCGCUCUUAGGCUGCGGGAGCGAGUGGAGGAUGCUGGGAAGGAGGUAAAAUGGCCACCGGCGGCGGCACGGAGGAGGAGAGGAAGCGGGGGCGGCCGCAGCUCCUGCCCCCGGCCCGGCCGGCUGCCCGGGGCGAGGAGCCCGAGGGCGGCCGCGAGAAGCUAGGCUGGGCCCAGGUGGUGAAGAACCUGGCCGAGAAGAAGGGCGAGUUCCGCGAGUCGCGGCCACCGCGGCGGGACGAAGAAAGCGGCGACGGCGCGCUCGGCGCCCCGGCCGGCUUGGCUGCCCCGGGCUUCGGUGACUUCCCCCCAGCUGGCCGCGGGGACCUGAAGGGCCGCCGGAAGGACCCCGCCGGCGAAGCGGCGGACCCCCGCAAGAAGAAAGGUACAGCCGAGGCGAGCCGGAGGAAGAAGAGCGAGACGGCAGCCAUGGCGGCCCCGGCCAGACCCGGCACGGCCGAGGACGCGGCCGAGCGGCCCCACCAGGACGAGCAGGCGGCCGCGGCGGGCCCCGCGGCAGGCCCAGGCAAGGGUCGCUUCCUCGUGCGUAUCUGUUUCCAGGGUGACGAGGGCUCCUGCCCGACCCGGGACUUCGUGGUGGGUGCGCUCAUUCUGCGUUCCAUCGGCAUGGACCCGAGCGACAUCUACGCGGUCAUCCAGAUCCCGGGCAGCCGCGAGUUCGACGUGAGCUUCCGCUCGGCGGAGAAGCUGGCACUGUUCCUACGCGUCUACGAGGAGAAGCGCGAGCAGGAGGACUGCUGGGAGAACUUCGUGGUGCUGGGGCGGAGCAAGUCCAGCUUGAAGACGCUCUUCAUCCUCUUCCGGAAUGAGACGGUGGACGUGGAGGACAUCGUGACCUGGCUCAAGCGCCACUGCGAUGUUCUGGCCGUGCCCGUGAAAGUGACCGACAGGUUUGGGAUCUGGACCGGGGAGUACAAAUGCGAGAUCGAGCUGCGCCAGGGGGAGGGCGGGAUCAGGCACCUGCCGGGGGCCUUCUUCCUGGGGGCCGAGAGGGGAUACAGCUGGUACAAGGGGCAGCCCAAGACGUGCUUUAAGUGUGGUUCCCGGACCCACAUGAGUGGCACUUGCACGCAGGACAGGUGCUUCAGGUGCGGGGAGGAGGGGCACCUGAGCCCUUACUGCCGGAAGGGCAUCGUGUGUAACCUCUGUGGCAAGCGAGGACACGCUUUUGCCCAGUGCCCCAAAGCAGUUCACAACUCCGUGGCAGCUCAGCUCACCGGCGUGGCCGGGCACUGAAGACCCGCCAGCCUGCCAGCUGCCGGAGUGUACACACAGCCAGCUUACCCCUCUAAGUGCCAAAACUUUUUUUUAAACCAUUUUUUUUUGUCAUUUUUGAAGGACAUCUUUUUAAACCUGCAAGAGACAUCUCUUUGCCUUCUUAAGCCGAGUUUACUCCAUUUCAGCCUUUUCUGAAUUGGUGAUCCUGAGUAAUGACUGCCGAGAACUGUAAUGUGCAGAUAUGUCGUCUUUUUUCUUUUUUUAAUUUUGGUUUUGUUUUUAUAUUUGGUUUUUUUUUUUUUUAACUUCAAUCUCCCACCCCAUACCUUGUCUUCUUCCUGGAUUGUCACCCUUUGGGCUGCCUUGCUCAUCUUCAUGCCCCAGCACUAGGUACGGGGCCCAGUACGUGGUAGGCACUCCAUCAGUGUCGCUGAAUUGAAACAAUGUCGGCUGUGGCUUCUAUCAGGAUGUCUACCUUUUGCAGCUCUUCCCCUCCCGUUUUAAUUUGCUGC